AUGGGCACGUGGAACACGAGCGGACAGCACGGGCAUGGGCUCGGGGCAAGCACGGGGAACACGGGGCAGACAGCACGGGCACGGGCACGGGGCAAGCACGGGCAAUACGCGAGGUACGGGGUGCGGACGGGUCUCGCGGACGGGGGCACGGACGUCGUGCGUGGUGCGGAUGGCGUACGGGCGACGGGCGGGGUGCGUGGUGCGGAUGGCGUACGGGCGACGGGCGGGGUGCGUGGUGCGGAUGGCGUACGGGCGACGGGCGGGGUGCGUGGUGCGGGUGGCGCACGAGUGGCGGGCAGGGUGCGGGGUGCGGGUGGAGUACGGGCGACGGGCGGGGUGCGGGGUGCGGGUGGAGUACAGGCGACGGGCGGGGUGCGGGGUGCGGGUCGCGGACGAUCUGGUGCGUGCAAGGGCGUAGCAGCAGCUUCUCCUGCCACUCCCACCACUCUUGCCACUCCCGCCACUCCCUUCACAGCAGUUGCGAAGUCGACGGGAGGGCGGGCGGGGACCUGGCGACGGGCAGCGGAGAGCGUACAGUACCGGGUGGGGCGGCUGAUUCCGGGUGAGGAGUCUGGAACGGGUGGGGCAGCAGCUCUGGCUGGAACGGGUGGGGAAGCGGGUGCGGUUCUGAGCGGUUCUGUGCAGUUCAGUGUGGUUCUGCGCGGUUCUGUGCGGUGCUGUGCGGUUCUGCGGGGUGGAGAGUACCGGGUGGGGCGGCUGAUUCCGGGUGAGGAGUCUGGAACGGGUGGGGCAGCAGCUCUGGCUGGAACGGGUGGGGAAGCGGGUGCGGUUCUGAGCGGUUCUGUGCAGUUCAGUGCGGUUCUGCGCGGUUGGGGAGUACCGGGUGGGGCGGUGUAA